AUGGACGGCAGAAAGGAAGACAAUCUUGAAUGGUGGCUGCUGAGGGAUUCUGGUUUGUUGUCGUCGGUGAUCGAGAAUCACAACUGGCUCCCGAGUCGUUUUGUAGCUCCGGCCGCCGGAAACUCUACCGGCCAGUUGUUGUCGCUACCGCAAAACCAAUCGGCACUGUUUCGGAAUGGAUUUCAAAACCCUAAUCUCGGGAAUAGGGAUAGAUUCCAGGUAAAUAUAAACCCUAAUCUCGGGGAUAGGGAUAGAUUCCAGUUAAAUAUAAACCCUGAUCUUGACCUUGAGAUGGCCUUUGGUCGCAUGAGCUUAUCUUCUAACCAAUCCGGUGGUUAUAGAAACAAUAAUAAUUUUCCAGCUAGUUCACGUGUUGGGAUGGGGAUUGGAAUGGGCUGUGUAUCCCCAUAUGGGAAUUUGAAUAGAAUGGAAGCAUAUGGGCGUGGCUAUGAUAGGAAUCUAGCAAUCAAUAAUGGUUUUGAGGGUUUUGGUGACCUAAAUUCAAAUAGAAACGGGUUUAGGGUGAGAUCCAAUGCUGGAUUAGUGGACUACAAUUUGGCUAGUAAUAACAACAGUCUCAACAACAUUUAUCCUCCAACAACUCAAGAGCGUCGCUCGUUGUUUUCGAGUUUGGAGGAAUUGAGGGGGAAGAUACCUUUGGUGACUAAGGACCAACACAGUUGUCGUGUGUUGCAAAAAAAGCUUGAGGAGGGGAAACCUGAAGACAUUGAGAUGAUAUUCUUGGAGGUUAAGAAUGAUGUUUGUGAGCUGAUGGUGGAUCAAUCCGGGAACUAUCUCAUCCAAAAGCUUUUCCAAGUAUGCAACCCACAACAAAUGACUGAGUUGCUUGCGUUGGUGAUCAGAGAUCAGUGUCGGUUACUGGGCAUAUGCCAUGACAUGCACGGGACAAGGGCCGUGCAAACAAUGCUGCGCCAUUUGACGACAGUGGAGCAAAGGGCGUUGGUUUUGGCGGCUCUCAGGGGCAUCACGGUCACCUUGACCAAAAGUGUUAAUGGCUAUCAUGUGAUUCAGCACUGUGUCAAGUUCUUCUCCAACGAAGAGAAAAAGCAAAUUCUGAAUGUUGUAGCGAAUAACUGUCUGGACAUUGCAACCGACAGGAGUGGGUGCUGUGUCCUACAACACUGUGUUGAAAACGCUGAUGCACAAUCUCGGGAGCGUCUUGUGGCUGAGAUAACAGCUAAUGCGUUGGUUUUAUCUGAACAUCCUUAUGGGAACUAUGUUGUGCAAAACAUCCUGGGGCUAAGGAUACCGCAUUAUAGCUCAGAGAUAGUGAGACAACUUGCGGGGAGCUUGGUUCAUCUUUCAAUGAACAAAUAUGGGAGCAACGUGGUGGAGAAACUCUUGAAAGAGUGUGAUGAGAUUGAGGCAAGGGUCAUGAUUGAAGAGAUCGUUUCCAGCCCUAAUUUCUUGAUGGUUCUUCAGGAUCCUUUUGGCAACUACGUUGUCCAGUCUGCGCUUACUGUAUCCAAGGGACCGCUUCGGUAUGCAUUGGUUAACAUUAUCAACAUGCACUAUGCGUCCCUGCACAGUCAUCCCCACGGAAAAAGGGUUUUAGCCAAGACCAGAGGAAACAAGCUAAGCUAA